CUUGAUCGUUUAGAAUUCCAAAAAUCUGCGGUUGCUGUUGUUAAUGAAUGGUCGAAAACAACAAAGGUUAGAGAUUCUUUUCAAACAGUGGUUUGAACAUAUCCCAGCCGGUAGAAUACAGCUCAAGACGUCAACUCAACGUUCAUCUCAAAACAAAUCAUGGCACAGCCAAUUCCAACUCUACCAUUGUUCACCUCUACGCUAAAGAGGCCGCUGGUGUCAGAUUCAUCUGAGCUGGUCAUUGAACCAAGGAUAAAAAGGCCAAGGGUUAAAGGUCACGAUACGGGUCAAAACGACGAAACAAUGAGAUCUACAAAGAGGGUGGAGGAGAUAGAUUGGACAAGAAAAGUUACAAGAGGUCUAUUAAAACUUGCUGUAUAUUGGAGUCAGACACAUCUCCUAGUUCAUGUUUUUGGUGCAAGGAAUUUGUCUGUAAGAAAGAGCCAAGAUUACAGCUCGUACAUCCAGGUCUCAAUAAUUUCCUCCAACGGAGUAGAAUCAAACAAACAAAGAACAAGGAAGAUUGCAAAUGACCCAAAGCCAGACUUUAAUGACACGCUGACAUUUCACAAAGAUGUCAUGAGAUCUUUUAAGUCGCGCCUUUUUGUUGUUGCAGUAUUCCAGAAACCUGACAGAACUUGUGUCCUUGGUAGUAUGUCUUUUGGGACUGCUAGCUUGCUCAAUGGCAGUAAGGAGGUGAACGGUUGGUACUAUCUUCUAGAUGAAAAGCUCGGACAAGAGAAACACUUACAUGUAGGGUUGAAAGUCAACACGAAGGAGGGAACCCCUGGAGAUAGCAGUAUGGUCAGGCCGAAUAGCAUCCUCCCUUGGAUUUCUCUGCAUUCUUUUGAUAUUAAGAAGGAUUCGGAUAAUAAAUAUGGCUUCACGAUCCUGGACACUUUACCGGUGAAGAUAGGCACAAUCCACAAAGGAAGUGUUGCUGAGAUGUUGGGGCUGAAACCAGGAGAUGUAUUCCUUGAGGUCGGAGGUCAUAGUGUGGCAGGUGUUCGGAGUAUGGUCAUAAUUGAUUUACUCAAGAAAGCGACUGGCUCUAUGCGUGUUCUGCUUCAGCGUAUGAACAACGUACAUCAACUACGCAACCCGCUCCUACAGAAGUCGAUGAAUGGGAAGCCUCCUCUUGCAUCCAAGCACAGUCCCAAACUGAAGAGGAAAGCUCCUCGUGUUGAAGCUUUAAUGUAUAAGAGUAAACCAAUUGUUGAUAGGAGACUUCAGAGGGAGCUCAUAGCAAAAGUAGCAAUGCGUAAUAAAGCUCGUCAGAGUGAAGGUAAAGCAGCAAGUGGAGCACAUUGUAGUUCCACCUAUUCAAAUGCAUCCACCAUAACCUUGGAGUCAAGAAGGCAUUCUGCAACUGGCAGGAGAAGAAGCGGGAAUCAUACACGGAGAAGCGGCGAGUUCAGUAGCAACAGUCUAGAUUGGAGGCGUCUCAGUCAAAAUAGUCAAGAAAUCAUUGAGGCUGACCUGACAGAGGGCAGAGGUGAUCAGGCUUAUCGUCAAUUAGCAGACAAUCACAUCUAUGAGAGCGUGCCGAGGGAAUCAUUUGUUGAUAAUCAAGAUGACACAGUGAUCUCUGAGAUAAGGAUCGGAGAGGAAACAGUUGCCAAUAGGAACAGCACCUCCUCCUGGGAGUCGGAUGUCAUGGCAACUAUCGCUCUUGACGAUCUUAACGCCUUGGAUAGUGUCUUAGAUGACGACUCCUCAGCUCCCAGUACUAAUGAGGAGUUCUUUCCACCAGAAGCACCUGACCUUAUUACAUUUGACAUCGUGACAUCUGACCUCUUGUCUACGAGUCAGCCUGCAAAUCAUACUGCCACUAGCAUGGAUGGUUUCUUCCGUGUACCUACUACAAGUCAAAGUGUUAAGUUCUCUCGACCUAGCAAAAAAGAGAACAGAACUGGAAAAGGAAAAAAAUGCAGAGCCAAAAGUGUUCCAAGAAGGAGACGGUUGCUGGAAACCCGUGACCUUGAUCUAGAUGGAAAGACUGCAGAGACUAUUGAACCAGUCUUCACCCACUUGAAGCAAACUGUUGUCUGGGCUCGGAGCUUAAAGCCUAUUCCUCUGGAUGAUCCCUGGAGGAAGCUCAUCUACACAGGACCCGUCUCCGUCCAGAGUAAGACGAAGAAACUCAAGGAUAUGCUGUUACUUUUGUACAAUGAUGUAUUAAUUUUCGCUAAGGUGGUUGACAGAUCUUACCUGAAAAUAGUCUGUCGCCCUCUUGUGGUCAACAAUAUCAGCAUCAUAAACUUCAAUUCCGAAGGUCGUGAGUUUUCUAUUACGUCUGUCUCCAGUACAGAACCACAUCCUCUUGCCAACCAUGGUCAUACUGUCUCCCUCCGUGCUCCUACCUUCAAACUCAAGACGACUUGGUGUAAGCUUCUUCAAGACAGGGUGAUGGCUGUCAAGUGCGGCUUGGAAAGUACCAGGAUCAGCCUCUUCGAGGUCACAUAA